AUGGAAGUUGGAACUUCAAAGCUUCUCUCAUAUACGCAGGUCGUGAUACAGCCUGAAAGACCAAAUCCUGGUACUGCCGCCGCUACACUGCCCACCUUGCGAACCAACGCCAUGUCUCUCGGAUUCAUCCUCUCCGGACACCUCUGGAACGGCCUUUUCGAAUGGCCUGCCGCACUCUGCGACAUCUGUUCGCCUUCAUCGUCGACCACUGAAGAUGUCCUUGAAUACAACACCAGGACAAGCAUGAUGGUUGAACCCAUAAUUCGCGGCUGGGCACCACCGGAUCCCGACCACUGCACCUCCUCGAUGCUCUGGAACUCCGAAACUACCGUCUUCAGGUACCACCAGUGUCUUCCCGUGGCCCUACCGAUAGCCUUAACCGGGCUUCCCCGUGUCUGCUCCUGGAGCCGAAACGAUCUAGGUUCUACGACGGCAUCGCUUGGGCAAGCGCCAGUUGGUCUGGGAGCUCCUACCUCUGGAAAUCAUCAGCACAAUCUCAUCCGCCUCACGGCCCCUCCCGCAAACUCGCAACACCUCGCAGCAGGCCUGACCGGCGUACAUCGCUACCAUGGCCUUGCUCUCGCAGCCCACACACGAGGCCCCAUCCCCGUGCCUGUCUCCGCCUCCCCGCUCACCAUCCCGCCGCCCCGCGCGGUGGUGUCGCGCCUACGCUCGCGCGGAGCAUCACACAUAUCCGGCUUGCGCGUGAGCGGGCCGUGCAGGCGUACGCGACGCGCCCUCAUCCGGUGGGGGCGGUUCCGCAACGGGAACUGCGUGUUGGGAAAGUCGGUGAGGGAGACACCUCGGAGGAUGGGUUGCGAGGGUAUGUGUACUUGUGGUGGCUGCAGGUAGUGCGUGGCGAGCUAGGGCGGGUUUUUCGCACUGAUGUGUGGCCAUGGGGAGACUCGUACGGAGGUGCUUUGAAGGAAGGAAGAUUGUUCGGCUGUGUUGAGGGAAUCGAGGUUAUCGUGCAAUAUCUACCGUAUCUGCCUGUCUUCAAGUUGAACGUUGAGUCCGACGACUACGCCGUAUCCUGCAGCAGCCCGUCUUCAGCUUCCGCAUCGAAGCGUACAUGGUGCACCUCGAGCUCGGCCGGGGUACAGUACCAAGAUGGGCAAGGCGAUCCGAU